AUGGCACCAAAGCGAACCGAAAACGAUCCACAGCUGGAUCUUGCUAGUCAGAACGCGAGUAAGAUCGCGGCGUUGGAACAAGACAUGUCCCGAAUGUCGUUGAUCGAGCAAGCGAUCCUGACGAUGCAGCAACAGAUGUCGUUACAGUCGAGUAAGCUGGAGAUACUCGACCGCAUGGAACAGAGGUACAACGAGGAAGAGGAGUACCGUCGUCGGUUGAAAGAUACCAGGAAGGGCCCUCUCUCCCCUGUUGUGGGUAGUCCCUCUGUUUCGUUGGGAGGAGGAACCUUCGGAGGUGAGAAAAGCCAGAUCGGGACGUCUCAAGCACCGUUGAGUCCGCUGAGGGAGGGAGGACUGCGGUCACGAGCAUCUCCUCUGGACAACGCCUUCCAAGGGGAGUACGUAGGAGGUAAGCUCCACCCGUUAUCCCGUCGGAUGGAGAUGCCGACGUUUAACGGUGAGGACGCCGAGGAAUGGGUCCUGCGAGUGGAACAAUACUUUGAGAUUAUCGAUCUCACGGACGAGGAGAAGGUUCGUGCGGUGCGUCUGUGCUUUGUCGGAGAGGCCCUGCUAUGGUAUCAUUGGGAGCGUGACCGAAACCCAUUUCACAACUGGGCGCAGUUACGCCGGCGUUUACUGACCCAGUACUCCGAGAUGCAUGAUACCUCUGCCGGAGAAAGGCUUCUCGCCUUGCAUCAGGAAGGAUCUGUACGAGCUUACAACCGAGAUUUUUUGGCUCUCGCCACGAACUCGCCUGAGAUCUCAGAGACCGUGUUGAAGAUGACGUAUAAAAAAGGGCUGAAGCAUCGCAUACGCGCCGGUGUCAGGAUGUUUGAGCCGGAGACGUUGGAAAAGUUGAUGACUACGGCAAAAAUGGUGGAGGAGUGGUCGAUGGCCGACGACCCACCGGAUGACGACAAAGAGCCCGACAAGUCGCCGACGAAGAAAACUAGCGGAGACCACAAACCCUUCUCAAGCCCAUCAGGCCCACGAACGAGUACCGGGCCCAACCCCAUGAAGAACAAGCCCGCUACUAAUACCAAUGGGCCUAAAGGGUUCCCAAACACACCUCGCGAGGGAGGCAAGAACAACCAUGGCCGACUCAAACCUCCGUUCCGUCGCCUUACACCGGCGGAAAUAGAGCAGAGGAGGCGCGAUGGGUUGUGCUUCCGGUGCGACGAGAAAUUCGGGUACAAACACGUGUGCGCACGAGCGGAGAUGCUAGUCGUUAUGGUGAUGGAGGAUGGAACAGAGAUUGAAAUGGCGGAGGAGCAAUGGGGGGAUGGAGAAGACGACCCUACUAAAAUGCAGGCGGAGGUAGCAGAGCUGUCACUUAACUCGGUGGUGGGUCUGUCUUCUCCUAAGACGAUGAAGGUCCGCGGUACGAUCCACGGUGAAGCGGUGGUCAUCUUGAUCGACAACGGUGCCUCGCACAAUUUCAUUUCGGAAAAGAUCGUCACCAAGCUGAACCUCCAGAAGAGAGCCGUCGCGAGCUAUGGAGUAAUGGUCGCAGGCGGUGCCACUCUCGAAGGACAAGGGGUCAUUAUUGGAUUAGAGUUACGCCUUCCCGGCUACGUGGUGGUGACUGACUUCUUACCACUCGAGUUGGGCAUUGCUGACGUGAUCCUCGGUGUUCAAUGGCUCGACACCUUGGGAGACGUUAACGUUAAUUGGAAGCUCCAAUGCAUGCGAUACCACGACGGAGAGGAGGAGAUAAUUCUACAGGGCGAUCCGAGCCUUCAUUCUGCUUCUGUCUCCUUGAAGUCGAUGUGGAAGACAUUGCAGAAAGAAGGUGAAGGCGUUCUGCUAGAGUUUGGCGGGCUACGCGCAAGUGAAGAUGUUGUACUUCCCGUAGCCUGGCCAGAGGAGUUGAAAGAGGUGCUAGAGCAGUACACACAAGUGUUUUCUGAACCGCGCGGUCUCCCUCCUUCCAGGGGACGCGAGCAUACGAUUAUCUUGGAAAACGGCGCUAAACCAGUCAGCAUAAGACCGUUUCGUUACCCGCAUGCUCAGAAGGAGGAGAUUGAGCAACAGAUUGCUUCUAUGUUAGCAGCAGGGAUUAUUCAAGAAACCUCUAGCCCUUUCUCCAGUCCAGUAUUGCUGGUACGCAAGAAAGAUGGGAGCUGGCGUUUUUGCGUAGAUUACAGGGCAUUGAACAAAUACACGGUCGCUGACAAAUACCCGAUCCCGAUGAUCGAUCAGUUACUGGACGAGCUCCAUGGUGCAACCAUCUUCUCCAAGAUAGACCUGCGAUCGGGCUACCAUCAGAUACGGGUGCGAGCUGAAGAUGUUCCGAAGACAGCGUUUAGAACUCACGACGGACAUUACGAAUUCCUCGUAAUGCCGUUUGGAUUGUCUAACGCACCGGCCACAUUUCAGGCCUUGAUGAAUGACAUCUUUCGACCAUACUUGCGUAAGUUUGUGCUCGUGUUCUUCGACGACAUCCUCAUCUACAGUCGAAGCGUGGAGGAACACAAGCAACACCUUGCUAUUGUGCUGAUGAUUUUGGAGGAGCAGGAACUCUUUGCUAAUCGAAAGAAGUGCACGUUUGGUAGCAGUAGCGUCGAGUACCUGGGGCACAUUAUAUCUGCAGAGGGGGUAGCAGCAGAUAUGAAUAAGGUGAAGGCAAUGAUGGAUUGGGCCGAACCUCGCAACGUCAAGGCUUUACGAGGAUUCUUAGGACUCACGGGUUACUACCAGAAGUUUGUAAGGGGAUAUGGUGACAUUGCUCGACCAUUAACGAUCCUGCUGAAGAAGGAGGGGUUUGUUUGGAGUGUUGCAGCAGGAGACGCGUUCCAAAAGUUGAAGAUAGCAAUGUCGACAGUACCGGUCUUGGCUCUCCCUGAUUUCAACGAAGUGUUCGUGGUAGAGUCUGAAGCAUCAGGAGUGGGCUUGGGAGCUGUCUUAAUGCAAGGACAACGACCCAUCGCAUAUUUCAGUCAGGCCCUUACUGAGCGUCAGAAACUGAAGUCGGUCUACGAAAGAGAGCUGAUGGCGAUAGUAUUCGCGUUGAUGAAAUGGCGCCACUACCUACUUGGAAGACACUUCAUUGUCAGGACAGACCAAAAGAGCCUCAAAUUCCUUUUGGAGCAGCGUGAAAUCAAUAUGGAUUACCAACGCUGGCUCUCGAAGAUAUUGGGGUUUGAUUUCGAGAUACACUACAAGCCUGGAUUGGAGAACAAAGCCGCGGAUGCGUUGUCGCGUAAGGCUAUGGUCGCAGAAGUGUUUGCGGUAUCCGUACCGGCUGCUAUUCAAUUGGAGGAGAUCAGUAGCGCCGUCGAUAAGGAUCCUGAGUUGAAGAAGAUCAUGGCUGAGUUGCAAGCGGAUUCUGCUAGUCAUGUGGGUUACACUCUAGUCCAAGGGAGGUUACUGCGGAAUGGGAAGCUCGUGGUUCCAAAAACAUCACCGUUAGUGGGUCUCAUACUAUCUGAGUUCCAUGACAGUAAGAUGGGGGGUCACGGUGGCGUUAACAGAACACAGAGAAGAAUCAGUGAGUUGUUCUUUUGGGAGGGAAUGCUCACAGACAUCAGACGCUAUGUAGCGUAG